AUGGCCGCGUCGGGGCGCUCGCUGCUCGCGCUGCUCCUGAUGGGCGUGGCGCUGGGCGCGGGGGCGGGCGAGGGCGCCUGGCUCGACCCUGACCACGACCCCGCCGACUUCGACUACGAGGAUGACGACAGGGGCAAGCCCGUGCUGACCUGCUGCGAGGGCUGGGAGCAAGUGAAGGGGGCGGGGGCGGCCGCAGACACAGACAGCGCAGUGCCGCGGUGUCGCCCCGUGUGCAAGCCGGCGUGCAUCAACGCCACGUGCACGUUCCCCAACGAGUGCACGUGUCUACCCGAUUACUCGCGCAAGCAAGGCUCGCCGAAACACGAGUGCUCGCCGCGUUGCCAACCGCUCUGCGUCAACGCGGAUUGCGUGGGGCCAAACACGUGCCGCUGCAAGGCGGGCUUCGAACCCACCUCGAGCUGCACCUGCAAAGAGGGCUUCGUGCCAGACCCGCGCGACCCCGCCAGCUGCCUGCUCGAGUGCUCGCCGCCCUGCGGCCCGCACGCCUUCUGCCUGGCCAACAAAUGCGAGGACGGGUGCGUGAACGGGCGGUGCGUGGCGCCGGGCGAGUGCGUGUGCAACGCGGGCUUCGAGCAGUUCCGCGACGACGACAUCGUGUUGUGCGUGCCGCAGUGCAGGCCGCCGUGCGGCUUCGGCGGCGAAUGCGUCGCCACCAACGUCUGCAACUGCGAAUCGGGCCAUCAGCUAAGCGAAGAAGGUGACUGCGUGGGCAUCUGUCCCAACGGAACCUCUUGGAGUCGGACUUUGCAAUUUUGCAAAACACUGAGCACAACUGUUUCGCCCGUUGCCACUACUGCACUCCCGGAACCUCCGACGGCCCCGCCCACGCCGCCGCCGCCUCCGCCUCCGCCGCCGCCACCCUCGCAGAGCCCGCCCACUGAGGUCUCUCCGACGCCCUCGCAGCCGUGCACGCCGCCGUGCGUGCACGGGCAAUGCGCGCGUGCGGGCGCGUGCGAGUGCGUGCGCGGGUGGACGGGCGCGGACUGCGCGCGGCCGUGCGAGCUGCGCGACGCCGGCGCGCGAGUGGAGUGCGAGCAGUCGGCGGUCAGCUCGCCGGGCGAUGGGUCGUCGGGUGAUCGAGAGUGGCCCAAGUGGUUGUGGUGGGCGGUGGGCGGCGGGGCGGUCGUUGCCUUGCUUCUCUUCGUGGUCGUUCCUUCCGCAGUGGCUCUGCAGCGGCGCCACAAGCGACAACGCGAGAACAACCACGAAAGAGAGACGUUACAAGGCAAGGAACCGAGAAGAUAUUCACCAGGUGGUGGUCGAGCCCAUGACCAUGAUGAUCAGUGGCAAUUUAUGCCCAGCUAAAUAUUUAUACCCAGAAGAAACUAUGUUGAAACAUCCAUAAUGUGUGCCAAGUCACCUGCCUUUGUGGAUGAGUAUGUGGCUUCAUGAUGUUCAAUGCCAAUGCCUAUAGAGAAACUUAAAAGCCAUGAAGAAAGAAAUGGACAGUUUCUGUUUAUUGCAGAAAUCAGGAAUUGAAAUUACUGCAAAUAAGUAAUGUAAUAUUAUAUAUGUAAUUUUUGUGCCAAUAGUUGUACAUAGUAUAUGGUAGGUUUACAUUGUAAGCCCUGUAUUGUACAGCACGUAGUACAGUAAUAAAAAAAAUAAUAAGGUAAUGGAGAAAACAAUUUACUGUCUGAUAUAGUAGUAACUUGCUGUUUGAGCAUGUGCUUAGUUUGCAUGUGGGUAUUUUUGUAUUUUAUGGUACUUUCAUCAAUAUGUUUUAUGUGAAAGUAAAUUAGGACUGCUUGCAUCUCAAUAUGAUGUGGUGUUUAUAAAAUAUAUGUCUUUCAAAAGAUGUACAUUUAUAUAUAAUAUAUGUACAUUUAAUAAAAAUUUUGUUAAGUAUUAAAUUUAAUUAAAAUGUGCAGAAAUGUGUUUCAAAAUAACUCAUGUUUAUUUUUGUUCAGAGAAGUUGGGAAAUAGGAAAAUGUAUGUUGCAUAAUAACUAAAGUAAUACCUAUUAAAAACAUUUGAAUUAAAUUCAUUAAAUUGAGGAAAAUGUGAUAGUCAAUGGAAAUGUAUUAUGUACUUUUAAAUUACACAGAAGUAGUUACAAAAUUGAUUAACUUGCACAUGUGAAAAUAAAAUUUGGGUUAAAAUAAUUUAUUAUUAAUAAUAAAUUGUGAUAAGUGAUAUUUAAUUUAAUAAGUGAUAUUUUAUUCAAUUGUGAUAAGAGUAUUGCAUGUAGAAUGCUGCUGUAAAACACUUAAUACAAAAUAAUAAACAAUUAUCAACAUUCGUUCAGUGUAUCUCCAGGUUACUAACAUAAUUCUCUGGGCUUAUUAGCAAAAACAUCAAUUUCAUUUUUGAUUUUGAAAUUGUUCAGUACUCAAAAUUGAAUGGUACUCUAAAGAUCUGGGCUAGAUUAAUAAUCACAUGUGAUAUUGUCAGCUUUACUAUUACUGUGAUAUGAAAUCAUUAGAAUUAAUUUCUCUGGUAAACGUAAUUUUUAUUACUAACUUUUUGCAACAAUCCUUUCCAAACUAUGUAAUAUUGUAUUGUUUUCUUCAAAAAUUUUCUUAGCUUGUAAAAUGAAAUUUAUUAAAUGAUGGUAUAUUUUAUUCUUAUACACUUGCAUAAUAUUAAGGGUCCAAAAAUUAAAUUGUUUUGCUGCCUUACAUAGUGAUGAGGAUGUCAUUGUUUAGUGUUACAUAACACUGAUGUAUAUUUUAAAAAUUUGUUAAUAUUUGCUUAAUAGUUCCUUUUAUUCAGUUCUACAAUAAUACAUAAAAUUUAAAAAAAUUAAAUUAAAAAUAAAAAUAUAUAGAAAAGUGAUAUACAAAUUGUUACAAUAAAUGGAAAUAUUUUUCCAUCACUGGAAUUCUUUGAUUAAAUCUGUU